CUUUACCAUCUCUUUCACAAACACUAACAGCAAUAGCAUUCAUGACAUUGGAUUGAAAUUGGAUGGACACACCUCAGGAUAUGUCUCUGCUGCGCCAGUUGUCCGCAAGUCUCUCCAACAGUCAAGCAUCUCCUAUACAAUAGACAGGACAAUCCUAUGCCUCCACCAGACUUGCCACCCAAAGAAGAGGAAGAAAAAGAACAAGAGCCGGUGGAAGAGGACCCUUGUGCGACGCUUGGGGAACUUCUUGAGCCGAACAUCACAUUUGAACAUGUCAAACGAUGUUAUGAACAUGUGCCUUACAAUGCAACGCUUGCCGACGAUCCCUUCACAACUCCACCAGUGGAUAUGACCAAGAGCCUUGAUCUCUUAUCUAAACGCCAAUUCAACAGCGAUUUCGAGUUCCAUAAGGAAGUGGAUCUACUCGUAAGCAGUCUCAAUGAUGCUCAUGCCAACUAUAUGGAUUGCGAAGUAGUCACGAUCGAUGGCAAAAACGCCAUUGAUGCCAUCCAGGAUUGGGCCGAUAUCAACUCUUCGAUCUCAAAGGAUCGAGGUGUUCGAUUAAACAAGGCUUUGGCUUCAUAUACAUUCGAUACAGACAAAAAGGACUAUAUACUCUCUACGGGAUCGUUCUCAACAAGGGCCACUUUACCAGAACAUGAAAAAGUGGUCUAUCAAAUCAAAUGCCCAACCUCUCCAGAGUUUCCGGAAGGACAGGAACAUCAUAUGGAUGUUAAAUGGGAUAUUUAUCGCCUGAUUACUGGAAUGAAUUCGACAAAAAAGAAAAAGAAGGAGGGCAAAGUCAAGAGCCAUAACAUUGAUCUGCAAGAGUCUAUUCAGGCAGCAAUCGAGCCACUAAACCAUCAGACGAUCCAUCCAAUACAAAGGAUCCAUAAGCGACAACAGCCAUUACCUAGCCCGGCCGUUCGGCUGGUUUACAAUGGUACCUCAACUGCCUUUUAUCAACUAUUGAAGAGACCCGAGAUUGGCGUUGUAGUGAUCCCGACACACUCGGUUAAUUUAAAAACAGAGACCAGUAUCAUGGAGCAAGGGUUUGGUCUAUUAUAUAAUGCUGGAGUUCAGAAUGUAAUCCUGGAUCUGACGGCAAAUGGGGGAGGCUAUGUGACAUUUGCAUAUGAUCUGGUGGAUUGGAUGUUCCCAUUAGACAACAUAACCUCAGUCUAUCAAUCAGAUCUCCGAACACCCAUGAGCAGUAUAAUGGCUAUCAUGAUCCAGCUGCGUACUCAGACCCUGUCACACGACAGGAUUUCACGACAAAUUUCUUUUUUACAGGAUCGAUUGAUCCGACGAUCACGGCAUCGGACAAGCUAUUCGCCAUUGGUCCUGAUGAACCAUAAUUUAGGGGCUUUCGAGAUGGAUGGGUCCUGUGGAUCGGCUUGCGGGAUGAGUUUGAACCGGUUAAAGAAUACACAUGGGGUCAAAUCGUACGCUGUAGGGGGUCGACAGGGUGAGGAGCUGUCCUUGUUUUCGUUCCCAGGGGCGUCGGUCUAUGGAUUAGAUUCACUCUUGGACGACUUUGAGAACCUAGGAGUGGAUCCACCGAUGAAACGGAUGCGAUUAUACCCCAUCACGGCUCGAUAUCACGAAGUCCUCUGGGAAAUAGUGGCCAAUAACCACUGGAAACAAGAUGGGCAGACAGGCGAUGAUCCAUCCAUUGAACAACACUAGCCGUU